CGUCAUCCAAACUUGGUUGUCGGGCGUCAUUGAAGGUCAAAGGGCUGGACUAUAUAAUAUGCAUGUAGGAGUGAAUAUAUCAGAUCAGUAUCAACAAGAGUCAUAUAAUAAACAAGUGCUCGGAGAAGUAGGCAAGUAGCAAUCUAGAUAUUAAAGUAACUCAUACAGUUUACCAUGCCGAUUGGAAAAGCGAGAAAAUGCACAAAGAAGAUGAAGACUAUAUCGCGUUGUGUUGAUAAAAUCCAAAUGAAUUUUGCCAUUCUUGGUUCAAGUCACAGCGGCAAGACAAGUCUAGUAAAACGUUUCUUGUGUGGGUCCUUCAGUGAUGAAUAUAAUCCAACUUCGAUGGAUGUAUUUGAAGAACAUUACAGACUCGACGCUACAGAUGUUGGUGUCUCUUACCAGAUAUUUGACAUUACUGGUUCCGAUGACUUUCCCGCAAUGAGACAACUUGCAAUCAACUCUGCUGAGACAUUUGUUAUUGUUUACGCUGUGAAUGAUCGAAAAUCCUUCGAGGAUGCCAAAAAGGUGAAAAUGGAAAUAUUAAAGACAAAGGGACGAGGUGAAGUACCUAUAUUAUUGGUUGCAAAUAAAUGUGAUGUCGAUCAAGAGAAUCAUGUCGUCAGCUCUGAAGAAGGUAGAAUGUUAGCAAAACACUGGGGAUGCCAGUUCGCAGAAACCUCGGCAAAAAUUUCUCAGAAUAUUGACAAUUUAUUCACAGAACCUAUGAUUAUGAUAUUAAAACAGAAAUAUCCAGAACUGGCUACGUUCGGUUGCGAUAAUGGAGCUUUAGCCAUUGCUACUCGAUAGUUGAACACUUGCAAUACUACAAUAGACAUCAUAUUUGUUCAUAAUUAUGUAAAAAUGUAUAUAGAAUCAUUAUUUAUGAGAAUAAUCAGAAAUGAAUGAUAAUAAAAUAGAUAAAUACAUUGUGUGUAGUUCAUGUAUGUGUCCCUUUAUUAUAAUUAUAAUAUAACUGUAAGUUGUUCGAAAAUCAAUUUAUA